CAUUCAGAUCAUACAAGUGCACAGAAGAAUGAAAUUGCUUUUUCUCCCGGCUCCAAGUGCAGAUAUAGAAGGCAAGUAAUUUAACACAAUAAAAAUAGACAUAACAGACAAAACCUACAGACAACAAGUCAUAGAAGUCAUCUCACAGAUGUUGGAUUAUUGCACAGGGUAACAUAAACAGUAUCAGUAAUAUAAACUUGUAAGAGUAGAUGUAAACUUUCAAAGUAAAUGUAAACUUGACACUGGUGAAUAUCAAUAAGGUGCAAACAAACAAACACACAUGGGUGACCCCCCCUCUGCAGGAGCAUAAUUUCUUAUCACAGAUUAUUUCUGUGCACAGUUAAUAUUUCAUUUUUUAUUCCCUACCUAUAAAACCUCUAAUAUCCUGAGAGGAUAAUGAGCCACGGUGCAGCAGCUCCGUGUUUUCUGAGUCUUCAUCAGGCUGCUGGAGAAACGACUUAUCAUUGUUUAUCAAAUUAGCACCGGGGCUUGACUCAGAGGGAAAGGACGGGGAGAGAGCAGGGGAAAAAAGCUGCACGAGUUCCCCGGCUCUGCGCUCCGCUCAUUGGCCGGCGGAUCUCACUCGUACCAAGCGACGGUGAGCGCAGGCGUCGUCAUCCCGCCUCCUCUGGACCCUUUGCGGGGCUGCAAUUGGCCGCCGCGGCUCGCUCCGUCCACGCAGGUUAGGUUGCUCCGCAGCGUUAAGAUGUUCAAUUGAUGGGCGUACCGAGGCUGUGCGGCGAAAGGAAGAAUCCGGUACGCGUUUCUUUUUGGAGCAAAACAAACAAACAGAAAAAAAAAAAAAAAGACAUGUCCUCCCCGGGUCGGAUCGCAGCUCGCCUCCGGUUCCCCCGCGACGCGUCUCCCGGAGCUCCGCUGCAGCUUUCCCCUCCCUGUGCGCGGUGACAAGCGGGUUUUUUUGGACGAUGCUAGCGCGGCGUUUUAACGGAGGAACGAGGCUCCUGACAGAAUAACAACAACAACACAAGGCUGCACGGUGUCAGUGUCGGUGCGUGUGGAUGAGCUCCUCUUUGUUUGUGAUCUUCCUCCGCGGGGGACUCGGACACUCCGGGUGGAAAUAAAUGCACCUGCCGCGCAGCCGAGGACCCGAACCGGAGCACAUGGGAAUAUCUGCUCCCCAGGACCUCGCGUGGUGAAGUCGCUUCUCUGAGUUGAAUUUCUCCUCCUCCGCCAUGGAGCACGCACAGUUUCUCCUCUAACAUCGUUUUUUUUUUUUUUUUAAAUGUUGCCUCGUCUCUGGGCUUCAAACCCGCCCGAGUGUCGGGAGGAUGACAGCUGAUCGCCCCUCCUCUCCCGGGACUUAAAUAAAAACGCGCUCCAUCUGAGAUCCGCUGCCCGGAGUCUCAGUUUCAGCUGGUUUAACAAUAGCCGGAGCCGCCGGGGGGCUGUGACAUUUGGUUGAUUGCCACCUCAGCCUCCCCCCUGAUCGGCUUACUCGCCUCUCGGUUCCGCUGCUGGAGCCCGGGUCAUAUUUCUCUGAAGGGCCCUUUUUUAAUUUCAUUUCAGGGGGAAGAUUAAAUCAACUGUGCAGGAGCAUCUCUGCAGGAAGUGUCCGAUCCGAUCACCUCUCCUCCUCCUCCACAUGAAAACUUUGAUUUCUCCUCUCUGACACUUUGCCCCUGGCUGCUGCUUCCCUUGGUCCGGGGGAUGAUCCUUGGAAGUAGCCGAUAAAAUAAUCAGCGUCGCGGUGUCAGCGGAGGCUUGAGCUACAGGGGAUUUGUGUCAGAUUAUCGCCGGACUGCUAUUUUGCUCCCCGGGUCACACUCUCCUCUGAACUUAGCGGCUUUUGAUCUGCAGCCUUUUCCCUGCUGCCGCCUGGAAACUCCUGCGAGGGGGACGGAAGCCUGCGUCUUUACAACCGUCGCCAUUCAUGAGGGGCCGAGGUGGGAGAAACGAGUUGCACCCAUGAGCGAUGAUUGCCACAGAGGUGUCAGGACUCACAUCUGAGGACACGUGGAUCAGGGAGGAAUGAGACGCGCGUAAAAGUUCCUCAUUCCUUGGUUUUUACGCACGCUGCCUGGAAUGCUGUGACCGAGCGGGAGGUCGGGAGCCCUGUCGAGCACAGCCACAAACAAAACACACACUUACACACACACACACACAUACAUACACUUACACACACACACACACACACACACACACACUUACACACACAGCAGCGCCCGAGCGACUGCGCCUUCCGGACCCGUUUCGACUCUCCACCGGGCAGCCACCGGAGGAUGUUCGAGCCAGGAUGCUGCGCUUCCCCGUGAAGAAGAUCCGGAAGCAGUUCAAGCUCCUGCUGCUGCUGGUUCUGCUCACCUCGGCCGUGUGGUUCACUUACCUGCACAUCAACCAGGGCAAGACCAUCAAACUCCACUUCAACUACGGGAAAGGCAGCGUCGGGAAGCCUGAGUCGUCUCUGCAUGUCUUGCACCGUUGCCUCGCUGUUGAAAACAAAGACUCUGGAGUGACAGUGAGUCCUCAGCCUCAAGGUAGUAUUUCACCACUGGACGGCGUGAAGCAAUAAUCUGGAUCCUAAUCUAAGUCGACUGUCAAACUGUCUCCAGACUUUGGAGAAUUUCCACUUAUCCUUUUUUUUUUUGUUAAAUAAAA